AUGUUCCGCACAGCCGCCAUCCGCUCCGUCACCCGCGCCGCCUUUGCGCCCGUCGUCCGCAGAACAACUCUCGUCGCUCCCCGCGUGGCUGCUCCCAUUACCCUGCGCGCCGCUCAGAGCUUUGUCCCUGUCCGCAUGUACAGCGCCGGCGGCGGUCUGAAGAAGGAGGAUGUCGAGGGCCGCAUCAUGAGCCUGCUCCAGGGCUUCGACAAGGUCAACGAUGCUUCCAACAUCAAGCCCACCGCUCACUUUGCCAACGACCUUGGCCUCGACUCCCUCGACACCGUUGAGGUUGUUAUGGCUAUUGAGGAGGAAUUUAGCAUCGAAAUUCCCGACAAGGAUGCCGACACCAUCCACUCCGUCGACAAGGCUGUCGAGUACAUCCUCAGCCAGCCUGAUGCCAACUAA